AUGUAUGGUUUCGCACGCGAGCUGUUCCUUCACUCUGUUGACGAUGAAUUCAUCUGCAGUAUAUGGUAGGUAUAUACAGAGGAUCAUACUUCAUAGUUUAUUUUCCAUUGCAUUUACACCAGUUUAGUUUAUUAGUUAAAGUGGUUUUUAACGUCGGUUUUGCCACUAGGUGUGCUCGAUUAAACACUGGUUCUUUGUGUCGUGUACUAGUCACGCCGCAACGAUUCAUCCUCCUCAGAUAAUAAAAACAACUACUCAAAGAUGGGGUGAUAUGGCGACAGCGACAGAGAAAAACCCAAAUACAAUAGUAGAAUACCGACUGUGAAAUACAAAUACUUGUAUUCUGGGUAGAAUGUAUUUGACUGUGAAAUAUAUCUUUAAGUACUUGAGAGGGUUCAAUUUAUAUAUUUCGUUUAACAUUUUGACGCAUGUGCCUUAAUAUAUUCAUUGUUCAGCCAUGGAGUUUUCAAGCAGCCCAUGACCUGCCAAGAUGGCCAUUCAUUUUGCAAAGACUGCAUUACACAGUGGCAGCGAGUCAACACCCAUUGCCCUGUGGACAGGUCCACUCUUGAUCGACCGUUGGUUAGAAAUCUCGCUGUGGAAGGUUCUAUUGGUCGAAAGCUGAUGAAAUGCCCAUCAACAGUCUCUCUUCCAGGAGGAUGCAGCUGGACAGGCUUAGCAUCUGCUGUAGAGCAACAUCUCCCUUCCUGCGAUAUGAAUGUUGUGGAAUGCAAAUUUAAAGUCAGGGGCUGUAUUUUUCGGGCAUAUCAGCGUGAGAUUGCUCAGCACCUCCUUGUUUGCCCCCAUAGGACAGUUAGUUGCCUGUCCUGUGCUCGAGACAUCCCACACAGUGAUCUGUCAGCCCAUGAUGAAGAGUGCAUUGGCAAACUUGUAUCCUGUCCAAAUGACUGUGGCGUUGAAGUUGCGAGGUACAUUUGCAUUGUUCAUUCAUUGUUUACGGAUAAGGUAACCCUGUAUAUCAUAAGUUAAGGGUGACGUGAAAUAGUUUGUGGUUGUUGGCCCCAGAAGAGAUUACAAAAACUAGUAAUUAGUACCAGUGCCUGCUUGCUGCACAGGCUAGUACCCCUCCCUCUUUCUUAAUGUAUUGAAAGAAAUAUUUUUCAUGUCUGAUCAAGAACUAGAAUAUUCAUUACAAAUUUCUAGAAAACAAUGUGCUUUUUGUUGUGAUUCUCAACUAGGUGCAAGAUGUUGUCACACUUGGCAUUUUCAUGUAACAAGGAGGGCCGGCCAUGUCCUCUGUACACUGUAGGAUGCACAAAGGUUCACUCUUUAGCAGAGUCAGAUCCUGGAGAACAUGUUAAAUUGCUGCUAACUGCUCGUCUAUCAGGAGCAUACGCUGUAAGUAACUUUUUUUCUAUAGUUGAAUGUGAAGUUUAAUACUAACUCUUGAAGCAUGUUCUUUCUUCUAGAAUAUACUUACAAAUCUCAAGAAUUGCCAUACUAUAACUAUUUCUUAUUUUUAGAUGUUGUAUAAUCUUUGGGUGUGUGUAAUGUAGUUUGUUAUAUUUAUAUUUAUUUUUAUUAUUUUAUUGUUAAGAAGAGAGUUUUUGGAGUUUCCAUUCACUCCAAUUAUCUAGGUAUUUAGUCAUUCAUCUAUUUCAUUCUUUAAAGUUUAUUUUCCUUUUUUUCUAAUGCAUGUUGUGCACCUUUUUUGUCUUUUUAGGCUUCUGAUGCAGGCUUAAAUGGUAUUUCCUUUGGUGGGUCAUGGAAAAUAGAAGGCGAUGUGGUAUUGCCCAUUUGUAGCCCAUUGUUUGAAGGUCAUGCUGCUGUGGUCAGAAUGGAAAUUUUAAAAGAGAGUGGUAUUUCCUUCAAGUUUCAGCUGGAGUCAAAGUUGCAGCUGCCCAGUUUUGCCAUUGAUUUAAGGUGGGUCAGUAGCCUUGAAAUCUUAUCGCCU